AUGGAAAAAGGGAAAGUAAAUGAUGAUGAACCAGACCCAGAAAAUUCCUUGGACUUUUCUGAACACUUUAACCAACUUGAAUUGUUGGAAACACAUGGACACCUUAUUCCCACUGGUACCCAAAGUCUCUGGGUAGGGAAUUCUGAUGAAGAUGAGGAGCAAGAUGAAAAAACUGAAGAGUGGUAUCAAUUGCAAGAAAAAAAGAUGGAAAAUCCAAGCAAAUUGCUUAUUUGGGCUGCAGGAAAAAAUCGGCUUACCACAGUGCAGAGACUGCUGUCUGAAAAGGCCACUCACGUGAACGCUAGAGAUGAAGAUGAAUAUACCCUUCUUCAUCGAGCAGCCUACAGUGGACACUUAGACGUGGUGCAUGAGCUGAUUGCACGAGGGGCGGAUGUCCACGCAAUGACUGUGGAUGGCUGGACACCCCUGCACAGUGCUUGUAAGUGGAAUAAUACCAGACUAGCUUCUUUCUUACUCCAGCACGACGCAGAUAUUAACGCCCAAACAAAAGGCCUCUUGACCCCCUUACAUCUCGCCGCCAGGAACAGGGACAGCAAAGAUACCCUGGAGCUCCUCCUGAUGAACCGCUACAUCAAACCAGGUCUGAAAAACAACUUGGAAGAAAUGGCCUUUGAUAUUGCCAGGAGGACAAGAAUCUAUCACUACCUCUUUGAAAUUGUGGAAGGCUGCACAAAUUCUUCACCUCAGCCAUAA